GUGCGGCCCCGGCCCGGCCGCCGCGAUGCCUAUUUCAGUCCGAGCCGCCGCGGGCUGGGCACCCGUCCCGGCCCCGCAGCCACGGGCGCCCGUCGAGCCGCCGCGUCCGUGCGCCGCCACGCGCGGCUCCAGGAAUUUUCAAGAUGAAUUACACAGAGUCCAGCCUAUUGGCAGAAUCAACUGCAAUAGGUUUUAUCCCAGAGUUAGGAAGCGUCACACCUGUGCCUUCCAAUGAGACCACCUGUGAAAACUGGAGAGAGAUACACCACCUAGUUUUUCAUGUAGCGAAUAUUUUCUUCGCCAUUGGAUUGGUUAUUCCAACUACUCUUCACCUUCAUAUGAUACUUCUUAGGGGGAUGUUAGCCAUGGGGUGCACCCUGUAUAUCGUCUGGGCUACUCUCUACCGAUGUGCCUUGGACAUCAUGAUCUGGAACUCUGUAUUCCUGGGUGUCAACAUUUUGCAUCUUUCAUAUCUUUUAUACAAGAAAAGACCGGUAAAAAUUGAGAAGGAGCUCAACGGCAUCUACCGGCGACUGUUCGAGCCGCUCCGCGUGCCCCCAGACCUGUUCAGGAGACUGACCGGGCAGUUCUGCAUGAUCCAAACCCUAAAGAGGGGCCAGACCUACGCUGCGGAGGAUAAAACCUCGGUGGACGACCGUCUGAGUAUUCUCCUGAAGGGCAAAAUGAAGGUCUCCUAUCGAGGACAUUUUCUGCAUAACAUUUACCCCUGUGCCUUUAUAGAUUCUCCUGAAUUUAGAUCAACUCAAAUGCACAAAGGUGAAAAAUUUCAGGUCACCAUCAUGGCAGACGAUAACUGCAGAUUUUUAUGCUGGUCAAGAGAAAGGUUAACUUACUUCCUGGAAUCAGAUCCUUUCCUAUAUGAAAUAUUUAGGUAUCUUAUAGGAAAAGACAUUACAAAUAAGCUCUAUUCAUUGAAUGAUCCCACCUUAAAUGAUAAAAAGGCCAAAGGCUUGGAACACCAGCUCAGCCUCUGCACACAGAUCUCCAUGCUGGAGAUGAGGAACAGUAUAGCCAGCUCCAGCGGCAGUGAGGACGGCUUGCAGCAGUUCCUGCGGGGCUCUUCCAGCCUGUCCUCUCUUCAUGUGUCAUCCCCGCAGCAGCGCGCGUCUGCAAAGAUGAGACCAAUAGAGGAAGGGGUGGAAGAUGACGACGUCUUCGAGCCUGUGUCUCCGACCGUGUUUGAAGUCCAUCGCUGGCCCUGAUCGGAGAGGGCGUCGGGGCACCAAGAUGGAAACCGUCUCGCGGAGACCCUGAAAAACACCCGCACUUCCUCAUGGCGUUUGGGUCGCCCUGAGCCAGUGCUGGUGGUGUCUGAGGGCAGGAAAAUGGGCAAAGCCCCCAAAAGAGGCCAGCAUAAAGCAGUUGUUUUCCUGAGCCUUCUGACGAGACCUAGUUCUAUUUUGAGAUAUGUAUUUUCACAGUAUUUUCUAGAUAUACGGUUGUUUUAACUUAAAAAAAAAAUCUUAGCGCUCUGUCAAUGCAAAUGCCUUUUUCUUUCCAAAUUGUGGCUCACUUUCCUCACGGUUUUUCUCCGCCACGGUGAUGUGGUUUUCUGUUUGAUAGUUUUCACAAACACUGUCAGUUUGAAAUUGUGGUUGAGGUGACGUUAAGGCAGGGAAUCUCAGGCUUUGUUCGGUUGAUUCUGGGGACAUUUUAAAGAAAGACAUGAUUGGCUGGUGUUUAUUUUUCUCCCAGGCCAGACACAUUUCUCCACUAGGUCACCUUACUUGGCUGGGCCUUGUGCAGAUAGCCUGGUAGUGAGCAAAAUUCACCAGACUCUGCUCACAUUAUCCAUCUGUCGUGCUAUGUAUGAACUCUCCAGAACCCCAGGAAGGUGACAGAGGAAGGUGGCUCAGCGUCCACCUUCAGCGGGGUUCGGCUCAGCUGUGAUGCGCAGCCACCUUGUCCCACCCACUCCGAUUGGGAGGAGAGGAGAGUCAGGGGGCUGGGCACGUGGCACAGCACGAGGUGACUGGAAGAGCAACUUCCUUCUUUGGCCGGUAUUCUGAAGACUGUUCGUCCAGAGCCCUAGGUGUCUCCUCACAACGGGUGCAGGUACCCAGCGCCGAGCUCUGAAUGGAACACGGCCCUGGGGGCGGACAGUUCACCACAGGCCGUGCCCUGGGCACCCAGCCUCGCUGCUCUGAGGGCCUCGAUCCCAGAGCUCUCUAUUCUCCUGCACUCGUGUUUUAGGAAUCAUGGCAUGUGGCUGGGGAAGUGGGAAGUCCGAUUAAACCGUGGGUCAGUCUGGUCUGUGUGACUGGCCCUCACAUGCAUGGCGCCCAGCGACUGGCUAUGCCACGUCAUGCCCCGCUGAUGUUUGUUUAUUUCAUCCACUAGGAGCACCUGAGAGUCAGCCCCCUGUUGUACUCAAUAGCUAAGAAAAGUUCUAAAUGAAUUAUUUUCAGGUAGGCUGAGCCAAAAGAAGCAUCUCUCACCAAGAGGUGAUUUCUGCUCGAGAAGGUAAACAAACUGGCCUAGGGUCACUCACCUCAUUUUCUUAAAUUCCUUUUUUUUUUGAAGCUAAUUGUUUUAGCAGUUCACUUAAGCUAAAUUUACAUGCUAGGUCCCUCCUUGAGAAAAUUGCCACAGAGCGGGAAUCCAGCUCUUAGCAUCUUUAUCAAAUGUUGGCUUAUUAACAUUGCAAUAGAAAGGCCAAUUCUACUUUGCUGACAUAGCACUCUCUUAAAAUUUAUUUUGGGGAAAAGAAGCAGAGGUGAACGACUUAGCGUUGGCUCUAAGAUCGUGAAGAUACAUUAGGUUGAAAUUCACCCAAGGUGGACCUCUCUCUCUGUGCCCGAGAUCACAUGGCUGACUACCACGAUGGUGUUUUAGUGCUGCUUUCCUGUACCUUUUGGGGCUCGGUCAUGCGGACCAUUUAGUUCACACAUGCGUAAGGCUAAUUUACAAAACCGCUGUAAAGCACAAUUAGACGUUACAUCCUUCCCCGAGUAGAAAACAGUGUGAGGUUCUGCCGAGGCAUUUUUACUGCUCUGUGGGCCCCGAGAAGAAGCUCGGGGCUCCCUGACCAGGUCUCAUCUUUGGACUUGUGUCACUUGGUCAUCCUCAGACAAUGGAGAUGUUCACCUCUACAAUCAACCUGGAUGUGUUUGGAGGUUAUUUUUGGUCAUGCGGGGAACGAACAUUUUUAAAAGCACACUUCAGACAUACAAGCCACGUUCUGGUGUCGUUGAUAAGGGAGAUGGUAAACUCAAGAUUAGGGAUCUUUAAAGAGCCACUUAGCCUGAAUGGGAGGCAGGAAAGUAUUUUUAAAUCCACACCUCUCAGGAAGACGGUGAAACUGAGAGGAAAAGAGCCUUAAGCGGCUGAGCCCCUCUUGCUCGUAGACUCGAUAGCAGAGAAAUAGAUGAGAAAACAGAAAAGGGUUUUAAGCGUAAGAGUUCCUGUGGAUGACUUUAAAUUCAUUUAUAGAAACGAACAAGUGUAGCUUUGUAUAAGUACAUAAACAGAAAACAUGUUUGCUGCCAAAGCCACCGAUAGGAUGCUUCCUGUGUUUUCUGGCGUUCGCUAAGCUGCAUGACCGUGGCUCAGAAAACAGUGUGCCAAAACCACUCUGUGUGGAACCCAGAAUUGACUCCAUUUAAAUGUAACAGCAGUCGUAUGAAUCGGAAGGGUAACAUUUAUACCAGAACGUAUCAUUUGUAAUACUUUGAAAGCCCUCAUAAAUAUUUAUAUUUAUAAUAGCACAGAUACUAGAUAGAUCCUCAAUGAUGUUUAUAAACCUUAAAUUAGCAAUUACAGGUGCCAUGUAAUUAUUUUUCUGUUACCAUCCAUUGCUUUCUGGGAUCUUUCCCGUUUCUCCCGGGGGCUCACGUACCCCAUAAUCAUGGACACCUCUGUCCUCUGCCACCAGCACCUUGCCCUGCCCCGGGUGCAUCCAGGCAGCGACCUAUCCUGUGCAGAAGAUGGUCCUGCUGCUGUGCUGUGCGCCCAGGCAAGCGUGUGGGCAUGGGGGGCACCCCUGACCUGUGGGGUCCAGUGCCCCCUUCCCUGCACACCCCAAGGUGCAGCUCCAAGGAUUCGCUGUUAUUUUUUUUUCAUCUUGGUCAUUUAUUUCUAAAGCUGCUCUGCAGAAACCCCUGACCUGGCCAUGCCUCAGUUUCCCCUCCUUCCCUCUUUCCCAGACUCUUUUUCUGAUUAUCCCGAGCUAGAGUGAUCUCAAAUUCCCACCUGCUCAGUAGAGGUGGCUGAGGCCGCGGAAGAGCGAAUCCUGAUGAGGAAACGCUGCGCUGCCGCGUGACCAUGGCCUCAGCCCCCCCGGCCCCCAACCCACCGGCGGGGCGGCACGUUUUCUCAUGGCCAGCAACCCUGGAGAGCCUGUUAUAACGACGAAUUGUGUCAUUUAAGAAACCUGCCUUUAACUACCAUUUACAGGUGUUUCUGCUUUGCUUGCAACCCGGUUUUAAAGUGUAAGAGAAUUUUAUGAAUGCUUUGUGCAGACACGUUUAGAGGAGACGUAUCCUUUCUGUUUUUAGGUGCCAUUUACACUGAUAACAUUUACUUUAUAAUAAAUUUAUGUAUUGUCUGAAUAGAGCCUUAUAGUUUAAAAUAUCUUCAUAUAUUGUCAUUUGAUCAAAUAAAUUUCUUACUCGGAAAAUA